CAAAGGACAGCCAUGAUCUUCCUUCUGGCCUGCGUAUUUCUGCUUCUAAGGGAGACACCGGCCAGGCCCACAGAGCCUGCAACCCAGGGAAAUCUGCAAACUCUUUUCCAGCUGGUUAUGCAGAGCCCUCAGGGGGAAAGCGGCAACCUCUCCAGCAGCCUAUCCUGUGUGGAGCUGAGCGCUCACCAGUCAACCGUCUUGCACCUGCAAAACCGAAAUCUUGCGUCUUUCCCGUCAUGCUUGCCUCAGAUCCUGGAACAUCUGGAUCUGAGUGACAACCUCUUGCCUGAAUUCAAUGGACAGGAUGCAGCCUAUCUGCCCGAGCUGCAGGUCCUUUCCUUGAGACAGAAUAAAAUCCAACACGUGACAUGGGGUGCCGGUGGAAAUCUGGGCAAGCUGCAGAUCCUGGAUCUGAGCUCCAAUCUGCUGUCAUCCCUGCCGGCCUGCAACGCCUCCAUUUUGGGGGACCUCAAGGAGCUGUCUCUAGCUGGGAACCCGAUUGCAGAAAUCCAGGCCUUCGCUUUCUCCUGCUAUCCACAACUGCAGUUCCUGAAUCUGUCUUCCACUCUGCUGGGACAGGAUGGCAACGAUGGGAUUCAGGAUUCAGCCUUUGCGGUGAACUUUUUGCAUGGAGACACCUCUGAGACUGUAGGAAAUGCUCUCAUCGCUAAGCUUGACCUCAGCGCAACCUUCCUGGAGAGAAUUCAUCCGGAGUGGCUCAAAGACCUGCCCAGACUGACAUCCCUCCAUCUGACAAAAAUGAGCCAUCUGAGAAGCCUCGAUGCGGCCGUCUUCGUGCAUGCACCUCAGCUGAAAGAACUGAACUGCCGAGAUUCCCACGUCCUUAGCCAGGUGGAAACAGAGUCCUUCAGCCAGACCCCUGAGGUGGCUUUUCUCAUGUUCCAAAACUGUAAUUUGAGUUACUUAAAUGCAUGGAAUCUUAGCUCAUCAGACAAUCUGGUCAUCAACCUCUAUGGAAACCCUUUGAAGUGCCAUUGUGAGAUGUCCUGGCUGCUCUCUCAGCCAAAAAGAUUAGUUCUGCAGAGGGCAUCAGAAACUAUUUGCUACACACCUCCAGAAGACAACGUAGCACCCAGAUCCAUGCCCCUGCCAAGGCUCUAUGAUGAGUGCCAACCCAACAGAACUACUGAUUCAACUCCAGAGCUCAUGAGCGCACAUUCCAGCUUCACCACAAAAACACUGCCAGGCUCUGGUACAUUUCCCCAGGAAUGGCAUCACAGUUCUGUUGCCUCACAGAGCUUUGCAUUGACUAGGGGCGACCUGAGAAUAGAGGAAUCUACACAAGCAGACAAGCUUGCCUACAAAGAAGAAACCGUUUACAGAUCUACAGAGAGCCCGCCUACAACGGUCACUCUGACCACUACCUCAGCAAUUCUGGGAAAGACUUCUGCUGAGCAAACCAUGGGGAACACGACUGAAAUGGAUCCAAGAAGUCAUGAUCCCACAACAGCAGAUUCUCUUGUCCGUCCAGAAGGAACAUUGUACCACUCUGCUCUGAGCACAGCUACAGCUGCACCAACGGGAACAGGUUCUUCACCCAUCCCAAGUGCUUUAUUUAUCCCACAGAACACGGCAAGUUCCACUCCAACCAGCCCACCAAUGCAAAACCACACCAAGUCACCCGCUCUUCCAAAUCCUGCGUCCACCGACGUUCCACUCUAUUAUGUAGACCACGAUGACUACGAAGAUCAUCGAGAGGAAUCAGAAGUCCAGCCGCUCAGCCCAUGUGCCUAUGAUCCCUGCAGGCAUCUGCAAAAGCCUUGCUCUGAACUCCAAGAAUUAUCUCUUUGCUUGUGCCCAGGGAUAUCGGAUGAACUCACUAUCCCGGAACCGCCAAGGCUCCGCGAAGUGUCUGAAAUACGGGACACCUCAGCAAAGAUCCACUGGUGUGCCCCGAACUCGUAUGUAAGAUUCUACCAGCUUGCCUACCGCCUUAAGGGCGAUUUGAAUAGAGACACCGUCUCUGGAGAGAUUUACCCCACAGCCAGGGAGUACACCCUGUACAACCUCCGACCCGGUUUCACCUACCAGGUGUGCAUAAUUGCUUAUAACAAAGCUGGGACAAGCCAGACCAAAGGCCAGAACGCACACGAUGUGCCGUGCGUGACCUUUGCCACCAAAUCCAACUACAAAUCCAGUUUUGCUGUCUUGAGUGUGAUAAGUGGACUCUUUCUCAUAGCUACUGUUCUCACAUCAGGGUGCCUCUGCAAGAGACACAAAGCGCCCUACCCUGAGCAGACUAACACACAUCUAGUUUCCUAUAGAAACCCUGCUUUUGAAGAUUCCUCAAAAUAG